AUGAGCGGGCCCGACCCGAGUCACGCAGCAGGCGCGGGCCCCGUCUCUGGCCACGGCCAGGCCGCCGUGGCCUUGGCCUACCAGCGCUUCGAGCCCCAGGCCUAUCUCCGCAACAACUACAUGCCCCCGCGGGGGGACCUGAGCCACCCCGACGGGGUCGGGCCCUGGAAGCUGCGCUGCUUGGCGCAGACCUUUGCCACCGGUGAGGUGUCUGGACGCACCCUCAUCGACAUUGGGUCGGGCCCCACCAUAUACCAGCUGCUCAGUGCCUGCACCCACUUUGAGGACAUCACCAUGACGGACUUCCUGGAGGUGAACCGCCAGGAGCUGGGGCUCUGGUUGCGGGAGGAACCGGGAGCCUUCGAUUGGAGCGUGUACAGCCGGCAUGUCUGCCUCAUCGAGGGCAAGGGCGAAUCCUGGCAGGAGAAGGAGCGCCAGCUUCGAGCCAGGGUGAAGCGGGUCCUGCCCAUUGACGUGCACCAGCCUCAGCCCCUGGGCACCGGCAGCCCCGCGCCCCUGCCUGCGGAUGCCCUGGUCUCUACCUUCUGCCUGGAGUCCGUGAGUCCAGACCUGGCCAGCUUCCAGCGGGCCCUGGACCACAUCACCACCCUGCUGAGGCCUGGGGGGCACCUCCUGCUCAUCGGGGGCCUGGAGGAGUCGUGGUACCUGGCUGGGGAGGUCAGGCUGGUGGUGGUGCCCGUGUGUGAGGAGGAGGUGAGGGAGGCCCUGGUCUGCAGCGGCUACGAGGUGCGGGACCUGCGUACCUACGCCAUGCCCGCCCACCUCCAGACAGGUGUGGAUGACGUCAAGGGCAUCUUCUUCGCCUGGGCUCAGAAGAAGGGGGGCGCGUGA